CACUUGAAACCCCUUUUCUUCUUCUCUCCCUCUUUCUUUCUUUCUUUCUUUUUUUUUUCAAUGAGGCGCCUUUUUUCCUCAGAAAACAUGCUGGGAGGAGAGGAGGAGGAGGAGGAGAAAAGAAGAAACGCCUCGCAGGCGACAAGAGAGUGAGGAAGCAGAGAAAGUUGCGAGAGGAUCGACAGCAGCAGGGCAGAUGGGAGGACGGGAGGAACGGAUCUCUCCGCGGGAUCAAGUGCGCGAUUAAAGUCAACACACAAGUAUAUGAAGCAGCUUAUAAUAAAGAUCACAACAAACGGAGUUACAGGCGAGGACGCGCACAGGACAGGACAGGACAGGACGAGGCGGCGGCGUUGCGCGUAAAAGCAGCAGCAGCAGAAGCAGCCAGGUCGCGUCUCUCUCCGGCUCCCUGCGUGGAUUUUACUCCUCAUGUGUUCCUCAAACUCUCCGUGACUUUUAAGGACGCGUGCGUGGAGAGAGAAAAACCGCCCCCGCAGCCCGGCCUCCCAAUCAGCUCUUCCGGGUGAUAAGAAGAAAGGAGGACUCGGGUGACAGUGGAGGAAGGAAGAGUUAGAGUCCGGGGUUAGGCGUCGGCACCCGGGCUGAGAUCCUCGUCAUGGCCGGGGCCAAGCCGGGAGUCCAUGCGCUGCAGCUCAAACCCGUGUCCGUCCACGAGGAGCUCAAGAAGGGGGGCAAGUUCGUCAAGUGGGACGAGGAGCCCAACGGCGGCUCUCUCACGCUGGUAACCCUGAAAGUCGACCCAGAAGGAUUCUUCCUCUCAUGGACAGAAGGGGCCAACCAGGAGGUUGAGAUCUUGGACAUCAGCACCAUCAGGGACACCAGAAUGGGAAAAUACGCCAAACUGCCAAAGGACCAGAAGAUGCGGGAAAAGCUGGGCAUCGGUAGGGAGAACAUCGAGGGGAAACUCGUGACCAUCGUCUACGGCAACGACUUGGUCAACAUCUCCUUCCUCAACCUGCAGGCCAUGCAGGAAGACACAGCGAAGAUUUGGACGGAUGAGCUGUUCACUUUGGCCACGAACAUACUUUCCCAGAAUGCAUCACGGAACACCUUCCUCCUCAAAGCGUACACUAAACUAAUUCUGCAAGUGAAUCAGGACGGGAAGAUUCCAGUGAAGAACAUUCUCAAGCUGUUUUCUGAUAAGAAGCGGGUGGAGACGGCGCUGGAGCAGGGCGUCAUUGUGGACAACAACAACAGGUCAGAGGGAAUAAGGCCUGAUGAGUUUACGUGGGAAGUUUUCCAGAGGUUUCUCGACAGCUUGUGUCUCCGGCCUGAAAUACAAAGCAUCUUUGAGGAAUGCGGCUCCAAGAGGAAACCGUUCAUCUCUCUGGACCAGUUCGUGGAAUUCAUCAACCGCAAGCAGCGCGACUCCAGACUGAACGAGGUGCUGUACCCCCCGCUGAAAAAAGAGCAAGUCCGACAGAUCAUGGAGAAAUAUGACACAAACGGCCAGCUGGACAGAGACCAGGUCAGUUUGCAGGCGUUCAGACGGUACUUGGGAGGAGACGAGAACGGCGUGGUACCUCCAGAGAGGCUCGACAUCAUCGACGACAUGAACCAGCCGCUGUCUCACUACUUCAUCAACUCCUCGCACAACACGUACCUCACAGUGGGCCAGCUGACCGGCCUGUCGUCGGUGGAGAUGUACAGGCAGGUGCUGCUGACCGGCUGCCGCUGCAUAGAGCUGGACUGCUGGAAGGGCCGGCCGCACGACGAGGAACCCUACAUCACGCACGGGUUCACCAUGACCACUGAGAUCCCCUUUAAGGAGGUGAUCGAAGCGAUAGCAGAGAGCGCUUUCAAGACUUCCCCGUACCCGCUCAUCCUGUCUUUUGAAAACCACGUAGACUCAGCGAAACAGCAGGCCAAAAUGGCAGAGUACUGCAGGACGAUCUUCGGAGACGCCCUGCUCAUCGACCCGCUGGAGAAGUAUCCGCUGAAUCCAGGUCAGCUGCUUCCGUCGCCGCAGGAGAUGUUGGGGAAGAUUCUCAUAAAAAAUAAGAAGAAGCAUCAUCAUCACCGAUCUUCUGAGAGUGGCAGCGAACCACGGCGCAAAGAUCUGACCGAGCAGUCGUCAAACACCAGCUACUCCCAGCUGACGGACGCUGAGGGAAGUCUCCUGUCCAACGGGGAGGAGAAGCUGGCCGAGGGGAUGAUCAAAGACUCGGAGCCUCGCAAGUCCAUCGGAGGAGAAGGAGAGAGCGAAGAUGAUGACGAAGAGGACCCAGACCUGAAGAAGCCCAACUCUGACGAGGGCACCGCCAGCAGCGAGGUGAACGCCACGGAGGAGAUGUCCACUCUCGUCAACUACAUAGAACCGGUCAAGUUCAAGACCUUCGAGGUGGCAGCUAAGAGGAAGAAGUUCUUUGAGAUGUCAUCAUUCGUAGAAACCAAAGGCAUGGAAGCCCUGAAGAGCACCCCCAUCGAGUUUGUCGAGUACAAUAAGAACCAGCUGAGCCGAAUCUACCCGAAGGGAACGAGGGUGGACAGCUCCAACUACAUGCCUCAGCUCUUCUGGAACGUCGGUUGCCAGAUGGUGGCGCUGAACUUCCAGACUCUCGACCUUCCUAUGCAACUGAACAUGGGGGUGUUUGAGUAUAACGGCCACAGCGGCUACCUGCUGAAGCCGGAGUUCAUGAGAAGGAUAGACAAACACUUUGACCCCUUUACAGAAAGCAUAGUGGAUGGAAUAGUCGCCAAUACGGUCAAAAUCAAGGUGAUCUCAGGUCAGUUCCUGAGCGAUAAAAAGGUGGGCGUGUACGUAGAGGUGGACACCUUUGGGCUCCCGGCUGAUACGAAGAGAAAGUACAGAACCAAAACUUCCAACGGGAACUCGUUAGAUCCUGUUUGGGAUGACGAAGCGUUUGUCUUCAACAAGGUUGUCCUUCCUACACUGGCCUCUCUCAGGAUAGCUGUGUUUGAGGAAAACGGCAAGUUCAUCGGCCACAGAAUUCUUCCUGUGUCGGCCAUCAGACCCGGAUACCACUACAUCAACCUGAAGAACGAGCUAAACCAGCCCCUUCUGCUCCCCUCCCUGCUGGUUCUCGCUGAAGCUCAGGACUACAUCCCUAAUGAGCAUCAGGAAUACGCAGAGGCUCUGACCAACCCCAUCAAACACAUGAGUCAGUUGGCCAAGAGAGAGAAACAGCUGGCGGGUCUCAUUGAAGACAACAGUGAGCCCAAAGAAAAAGAGAUCAACAGAGAGAGUGAUGCCAAUCCAGGAAGUAAACUCCCGUCCCCCGUUCAGCAAAUCUCCUCCCCCUUCGAGGAAUGCCAGGACCCCGUCAGGUUACCCGUACCAGCACAAACUCAGAAGGAGGACCUCAUAGCUAGUGUCCUGGCAGACAUCAAGGCUCAGACUCCAGAUGAGUUGAGAGAGCAGAAGAGUUACUUGAAGCUGCUAAAGAAACAGAGGAAAGAACUCAAAGAGCUGCACAAGAAAAACCUUAAAAAGGUGUGGAAUCUGAGCAAAGAGCAGAAGAGCCGGAGCAGCCAGCUUCAGUCCGACACCCAGAGGAGACGGAGUCAGAUUGAAAAACGUCUGAAAAGCAGCAUCAGGAAGAAUGAGCCGCAGGCCCAGGCGCAGAGCGAGCUGACAGCGCUGGAUCAGGAGCACGAGAAGCAGACGGUCCAGAUCCGGGAGUGGCAGAUGCAGGAACUCCUCAAGCUGCGACAAGAGCUGCACUCGCUGGAGAGACAGAAGCAGCACGCACAUCUCCAAGAGGCAUUUAAGAAGUUAAAGGACAUAGCACAAGAAUGUCAAGAAGCUCAGGUGAAGAAACUCAGGGAGACGUGUGAGAAAGAGAAGAAAGAGCUUCAGAAGAUCCUGGACAGGAAGCGACAGAACAGCAUCAGUGAGGCCAAGAUCAGAGACAAAGACAAAGCUGAAUCGGAGCUGAAUGAGAUCAACAGGAAACACAUUCAGGACUCUGUGGCCCUGAUCCGCAGGCUGGACGAGAUGCAGACCAGGAGGCAGAAGAACCUUGAGCAGGACCAGAAGGAGGUCCUAAAGGAGAUGGACCUCAAGCUGCCAGAGCUUCAGUCUCAGCUGGACAGAGAGCUGCAGGAGGAGUACCGGCAGCUACCUGAAGAAAUCUGCCAGUACCUUCACAUGGAGCUUCAGAACAAAGGCCUCAAAAAGGAUGCCCUGUUCUCCUCCAUCUCCAAUCACAGCAGCCCCAGCUCGGACCCGCCCUCCUACUGCUCCACCCCCUCCAACCCGUCGACGCCCAAACGCAACACCUGGAACAGGAGCACGGACAAUAGCAUUGCCUCGCUGGCUGAUUCCACCUCUUCCUCCAACACGCCCGUCGUGUCGGAGGCGGAGAAUUCAAUCAAUUAGACUCAUUUCUUGCACAAACAAAAAAAAAGUACAUUCAGCAGGGGUCUAUAUUGAUUUGUAAUGUUGGAUAGUAAUGAUAAAGAUGAACUAAUUUUAUUUUAUUUUUUGUUUUUUAAAGACAAACUGUUUUGUCCUCGUCUACAGAGCUGUAAUAUUAUUAGUUUACUGUUUAAUGAAUUGUUUCAUUUGUUGGACUAUUUCAUAACAACCAUAAUCAAACUUUAUUUUUACGUUUUUCUCACGUUUGCUUUGCUUUCCAUGUCUCAUUGUGCCGUUUCUCUUUGCACCAUUUCCAUUUCUGUGUCCUGCAACACGGCUGUCUUUCUGUUUUUGUAGCAGCUCAAACCUCUUUGACCUUUCUGGAAAGCUUUAAAAUGUGCGGAGCGAGGAGCAGCGCUAGAGAGCGGAAGUCUAACAUGCACGCUCUUGGCUUAAGCGUUUUAAAAGAGAUGGAUGCUGCCAACAUUCAAAUUUUUUUGUUGAUAUAUGACACUGGUUUUUAACAACUGUACUAGUAGCUAUUUAAAAUAUAACUUGAGCUGAUAUUCCAGUGCUACAAAUAAUACCAAAAAUAUUUUUCUUUUGUGGAAAUACAGUAAGAAGUGCAUGAAUAUUACUCAAGACCUUUUUGUUUUUGUAGGUUUUUAAAUUGGAGGUUUUAGCUGUAAUUGCAUCAGUUGACCAGCAGGUGGUGCUGUAUCCUUAUUUUUGUCUUUAUUGAUAUACAUUUUAUUAUUAUUAUUGGCAAUUUAAGUAGUCUAUUCUUCCAAAUGGUUUAAUCCUUUUAUACUCUACCCUGAGCUCCACCUGUCUCAUAAUUUCCGUCAUCAUUGGUCAGAAUAAAAUCUCUGGCCUCUGUUUAAAUUCAUGGUCACAGUUGAAAUAAUCCAGAGGUAUUUUACAGAGAAAUGCCCAAAAGUGUAAAUUAUUAGAUUUCCAAAUUAGCGCUUAAGUGAUGUAACCCUUUCUCCUUCUAAGUAGUUUAAAAGCAGACAGCUCUCUCUAAACGCCCAUACACACGCUCUCUCUAAAAGCCACGGGUGUCCAUCAUUGGUUUAGUGUCUAAAAUCCUCAUCUCAUCCAAUCCACUUCCUGUUUAGGCAGCAGAAAUCUCACGCUUGUACUCGCAGGAUAAAACCUCAAUAGUUGUAGAAAUAUUGGAGAUCUAUAUAUGUACGUAUAUGGGUGCUUGUGUGUAGCCAGAAGAUAAUCCCCUUUUUCGGGGACAGCAAUGCCACGUUCCAAGUGGCACGAGUCAGUUAGACAAGAGUGUGUGUAUGCGUGUGUUUGUUGGACAUGUGCUGCUUUAGUUGGCUUGCUACUUUGGAAGACUGAAGAAUGACAUUUGCUAAAUUAGCAAGGCUACUGUGGGACGCGGUCUUCUGACGAUGACUUAAAGCUGCACUUUGACAUCUUGAUGUAAAAAUUGUAAUGGAGAUUCUAUUUCUGUCUCGUGGUAGUCAUUAACUGCUGCUUUAACUUAAGCCUCAAAUAUCCAUUACUCUGGUUAUUUGAUUUUUUUUUUUUUCUUCUUAAUUUUCUUUUGGUAAGUGGACAUAGGAAAGGUUUGAUGUAAUUUUUCUAUUUUAGGUCAAAUAUACUCUCUUAGAUAUUCCGCACAUUUCCCCCACAUUUCUGCACUGUGCAGCCAGAUAUUGAAUGCAAGCUCCGCGGGGCACAAACUAGAUGGUACAUUAAGUUAAAUAUCUGUUUUGUUACCACUAAAGCUUCUCAUUUGUCUGUAUUUAUUGGUGUCCUCUGUGUCACGCCAACCCUUUUCUCUUUCUAUCAUGUGUCGUCCACUUUGACGGGGUGAAUGAUGGUACUGUGUAUAGGCAAUCGAUGUAGAUUUUUAGAUGUACGUGAAUUUUACUACUGACUACUAGUGCUUGUGGGGGAUUGCGGUCAGAGGAGUCAAAAAGGGGUUCAUGUUAAUCUUUUGUCACCAAAAAAAACAACAAAACGUAUUGGUUUUAGGUGAAAUUGAGGCAAAUUUGUCCCACCUCACUCCUCUCGAUGAGCACUGGCUGCCUGUCUGAUCGUCCCUCUCGUACAUGCACUAUCAUGUAAACUAUCAUUUGUAUUAUACUUUAACUACUUUUAAAAAAUGGUUUUAAGUCUUUAAUGAUGGAGGAAAGAAUCCAUUCAGGCUGCUGAAUAAUUGAAAUGUUGUAAUAUUAAGUUUCCAACACACUUUCAAAAUGUGCUUUUUUAUUUUUCUGCAUCAAACACUUGCAGGGGUCAGUGUUUUUUUUUAUUUAAAGAAAAUAUGAAAUCUCUGACCUCUUUAUCCCCAAUAGUCACAGAUGGGGAUUGCCAGCGUGUAACCUCUGUCCUGCACUAACGUAAAGUGUUUCUAAGCACUAAUUGUACAAAGGACUCGAGAGGUGUGACUGUCAAAGCUUUACCAAAACAUCUGGACACAUUCCUUGCAGGCCAUGUCCAAGGCAAGUAUUUUAAAUUGACAUCUGUAUUAUGUUGUACAGGAUUAUCAGGUACUGAAAGGGUCUUUCAUUCUUUGUUUUGUGGAAAGCAAACAUGCCUUUUUACAUUGUUUAUUUGUUAAAACUUACCUUUUUUUUUUUUUUUUUUAUAAAUCUGAUUUGGUUGUUUGUGAAACCUUUUUCUUCCUGUGAUGUACUUAUCAAUACAACCACUUUACAAUGACAAGUGUCACUCUUACGUAUGAGUAGUCGUCCAUUUUUAUAAGAUCUUAGGGAGAAAAUAUCUGAGUGGAUUGUAAAGAUUUGACAAGGUUUUUUUUUUUUUUUGCUUUUGAUUUUCUCUGUGCGCUUUGAACUUUUCAUGUAUUUGGUACCGCUUUCACUAAUAAUGCAAAACGUCAUAACUGCACAUGCACAAGAAUUUAACUGAUCAAACUUGUAUAAUCUAAGAAGUUGUGCCUCACGUGGCAUAAGAACAAACUUUUUUGUGAAGAAAUCUGAUGUAAUAACUACACUUCAGGUGCUGUUAAAGAUUGUGUUUUGCAGUUUAUCCGCAUCACAGUUGUUAAUGUAUAAGAAGAAAACUAAAAAUAUGAAAAAACAUGGUCUAAUAAGUGAACAAACUGAAUUUGUUCCCAUAGAUGCAAACAAACUACACUUUUGUUUGCACAUAUGGAAAACGCAACAAAAUAAAGUGCUAAAUAAAACUUAGUUUGUUCAACCUGCAGACUCGACAGUAGAAAUGUAGCCGUUGAAGUUUAAUGUAGAUGGCAUGCCACGGGUCAAUGUCUUUAUAGAUCAGAAAAGUUCAAAUCAAUACAGUUUACAGGUGCAUAUAAGAGUUCGAUAUUCGUUUAUGGUACAUACCUUCGAGACUGGAUCCACGUAAAAAGUGAAUUCUGGAUGGUUAAACGAAUUUUAGCAUAUUGGUGAACUGGUAACGAGGGAAAAAUGUUUAGUUCAAUCUUUCAGUCCCAGUAAACUAUAUACACAGUUUACUUAGACUUUCACUAGUCAGUCAAUCAGUCCUAGACUUUUCUGAAUCAACACAUUUUGGGCUACCAUGAAAUGUAACACAUUCAUAAUGACUUAUGACCUUUAACCCCUGGUAGAUACUAUUAUCUAAAUGUGUGUUAAUUAGCAGGUGUUUGCUCACGUGCUGAAAUAAGUUUUCAAACAUAACUUGCAGUACAACAUCAGAAUUUUAGCAUAACGAUGCUCAUUAUCAUUUAUGUGUCUCAAAACAGAGCUGUGCGUGCUACAGUUGUCUCCUUUCCACCUUUUGUGGGGACCAGAUAGCUAAACGUUACGGUCACAACGCGCCGUAUAUUCCAGUUUCAAGGUUUCUUUUAAAAAGAAAAAAAAAACAAACGGGCGCUGUUUUUGGUCCAGUUUAACACAUGCUGUUAUUGUGGCCUGUGCUGCUUUGCCACACAGAUUGAAGCACAGUCAGUGCGCUUACGCCGUUAGCCAUUUUCCUUUCUACCAGAAUGCAGCCCGAGGCUGUUUGUAGUUUCUUCUGAGUUUUUAAAUCCUAUUUCUGUUUUGUUUAUGUGCAUAACUCUAUUUUAAACCGAUGCACACAAUAUCAUUACUGGACAUAAACAUAGCAGAGUGCUGACUUCUGCAUCGCACACAAACAAUCAUUGACUUUCUCCUUUAUUAGACAUUUGGUGACCAGCCUCCCUCAGGCCCUCCCUGAGGCCUCUGGCUGUCAUCUCUCCGUCUUUUCUCCCUCUUUUCUCCCUCUCUCAGCCUCACUGUCCCAUUUCCUCGCCCCCAGUUUCACACAGUAAUGAGACCAUCUUUUACUUCCUGGCUAGUUAAAUUAAUUAAAAGCAGCAGUCAAGUGUGUACACUUCAGUUAGUGAGAGGCAGCAUGCAAUUUACAUUAGACAAGAUGUAUAGCAUGUUUUGUUGACCGUGUAUAUGUAGUGUAUAUGAUUGUCAGAUAUAAAGGGAAUACUAUACAUUGAUCCAGAUGUAAUAUUUUAUUGUUUGUUCAUAAUUAAUAUAAAGUAUAUGAUUCAUCAUUCAGUAAUAAACUUCUAA